CUGCAUUGUCAAGGGGCUCGCAACCCAGCUGGCACGUCCUCGCUGGCGUCUCCCAUUUUUACUUUAAAAAUCAUUUUAGAAUUCGACCGAUUCAGACAUGCCGAGUGCUGCCCUCCGAGUGACCGAGACGUUGCAAGCUGCCGCCAAGAUCAAGCACUACACGCUCGCCUUCCUCCUCCGUACGCAUGAAGACGGUGCGAACGAAGUGCUCCUUGGGAUGAAGAAGCGCGGGUUUGGCCAAGGCAAGUGGAACGGCUUUGGUGGCAAGGUCGAAGCGACGGACGCGACGGUCGCCGACGCUGCCGCGCGCGAAAUGAAUGAAGAGGCCAACGUCCUCGUGCACGGCAAAUACAUGGAGAAGAAGGGUACGCUCCUCUUUACGUUCACCAACAAGCCCGAAGUGCUGCACGUUCACGUCUACCAAGUGACCAAGUUUGAAGGCGUGCCGACCGAGUCGGAGGAAAUGCGCCCGCAAUGGUACACGUACGAUGCGAUCCCGUACGACGAUAUGUGGGCCGACGACAAGUUUUGGCUCCCGUCUGUCCUCGCAGGGCGCAACAUCAUUGGUCAGUUUGACUUUGCGGCCGAUGAAACCAAGAUCCACGAGUACGUUCUUGACACGGACGCGGCGCUGUUGGAUUUUUGAGAGAAUGAACGACAAUUUUGCAUACGAUUAUGACACUAUGUGGAGGUAUAUUGUGCAAUAAAGUGGGGCUAGCGUCAGUUUACAUGCCGUA